AUGAGAAUUUCUAAAGAACGUGAAGACUUGGUCUACACUGCGAGGCUGGCUAAGGAGGCAGAGCGUUACGAUGAGGUGGUAGAAGCAAUGAAGAAGGUUUUAAAUCUUGACGUUGAAAUUGAAUUGAGCCCUGAAGAGAGAAACCUGCUCUGUGUUGGCUACAAGAACGUUGUCGAUGCUCGGAGAUUAUCAUGGAGGGCUUUAUCAUCAGAAGAGCUGAAGGAGGAGGCGCAAGGAAACAAGUUUUACGUGGAACAACUAAAGAAAUAUAGACAGAAAGUUGCAUCAGAGAUCUCAACAAUUUGUGGAGAUAUCUUAACAAUUGUUGAUGGACUCAUCCCUAGGGCUUUAGAUGGUGAAUCAAAUGCGCAUUAUCAUAAGAUGAAAGGAGACUAUUAUAGGUAUCUCGCAGAAAUGAAGGUUGGUGAUGAGAAACAGAAGGCUGCUGCAAAAUCGAAGCAAGCAUAUGAGACGGCCACUACUGUUGCAAGAGCUGAGUUGCCUCCUACAAAUCACAUCCGUUUAGGUGUGGCUUUGAACUUCUCAACCUUUUAUUGUCAGAUCCUGAAUAUUCCGGUCACGGCCUUCUGGGUUGCAAAGAUAGCUUUUGAUGCAAAGAUAGCUUUUGAUGAGGGCGUUGCUGAGAUUAAUGGCAAAUUGAGUAGUGAACAAUACGUAAAAUGCCUCUCGCUCUUGAUGCAGAUAAGAGACAUCUACCACAUGAAGAUAACUUCCCCGCCUCUAGUAAAAUGUACACCAUAG